AUGGCGAACGAUGACGACAACCAAACCUCGAUCCCAUAUCAGGCCAUCAUCAUCCUCUGCUUGCUCGGUGCAUGCGCAGCGGUCCUCAUCGCAUGGGCGAUGUUCCGGCAUUUCAGCGACGACGACGACCGCGUCGAGCGCGGCGACAACCUCGACCACGAUGGCUAUACUCAGGCGCAGUACAUGCGGAUAGUGCGUCUGCGCAACCAGGAAGACCUACAGCGGAAGUAUGGUCAUCACAACUAUGUCAGGCCCAAGCCUGGCAUGCAGUAUCAUGUGCAGUCUUCGGUCUCCACCUUCUGA